CCACUCCAGGAUUAUAUAGUAUUCGUGAUUCUCAGCAGAUGGUGUGGGUCCUGGAGGGAAGCUCUUUAAUUGCAGUUCCUUCUAGCAGCAAUGUCAAACCUGUCGUCAUUUCCUCACUACCAUGCACAGACGCAAACGUCCCUGUUGAAGGAAAAGGCAGCCUGAUAUACUUGGGAAUCAUGGACAUAGACCUCUGUUUGUUCUGUGCAGAAAUUGAGGGCCAGCCUACUUUGCAGCUUAAGGAUAAAAAGAUAAUGGACCUGUACAGGGAGAAUGAAGCGCAGCUGCCCUUUCUCUUUCUGCACAGCAUAGAGGGCUCCACCUCCACCUUCCAGUCGGUCGCCUACCCCAGCUGGUUCAUAGCCACUUCCUCUGAGGCGGGACAGCCUGUCAUCCUCACCAAGGAGAGGGGCAAAACUUACAACACCAACUUCUUUUUCAGUUCUUGGACGGGAUUUCAGUAAAUCCCACCUGGGUCUGGGGUGGCCAAUUCAGAGACAGAGGGUCAAGAAGUCAGAGAACUUUCUAGGUCAUUGUAAGAGACUACGGAGCACUGAUGCCCACCUCACGCUCAGCACCCAAACCGCCUCCUCCAGGCACACACUGGCACACCACGCCCGACGCUGGAGCGUCACCCCAGUAAGGAACCUGAGAGUCACUUCUCAUUCUUGCCUGAUCUUGCCCCACCAUCCACGCAGCGGCCAAGUCCAGUUAAGUUGACAUCUCAAAUGCUCCUCCUGACAACCCGUGGCCCAGAGAUGAUAUUUCAUG